AGAAUAGAACUGCAUUACCCAUAAUUCCUCGGACUCUCGCGGGCUUUGUUUUGACAUGGCGGCAGCCUUGAAAACUUGUAUUGUAUUAUUUUACAACGCAGAAGUACACUUCAGGGACAUCGUUUCCCCCCUUCUUUAAGAUUAGUGGGCCCUGCCUGAGAAGGUACUGUCAACAUGUCAUCUCCAGACGGGCUGCAGUACUCUCACGCAGACUUUGUGGCUCGCUGGAUGCCUAGCAGCCAUAGAGCUGGAGUGAUCCUCAGUCCUAGCACGGACUUGGCUGGAGCUCUGAGGCAUAUUUCUACUGUGGGCUCAUCCCCAAUGAAGCCUGACGACUCCUUCACCUCUGACUUUGCACCACUACCUACCUCUGCAGACAGCAGUUGUGUGGAUGUUUCUCCAUCUCUUGGGACUGACAGACCGGGGAAUGAAUCGCAGGAUUUGUCUCUCCAGGUAAAACUGGAGCAGUUGAGGAAAUGGCAGCAGCACAUGCAGGAGCAGUUGAAAGCCCAGCAGCUGGAGGAGCUGCUCCGACUGCAGGCAGAGCAGCAGAGGCUGCUGGGAAGGAUAAAUGGAGCACAACAAAGCACAGAAGAUGAUGCAGGAAGUUCAGCCUCCCCACAUCCAGAGAUACCAGAAUGGCCGCCACCAAAACAUCCAACUGAAGUGGACCAUGACAGUAAAGAAGAAGAUACUUUGGACUGCAGUAAUGAUCAACUGGAAGACACAAACACCUCAGAACAUUUUCAACUGCAGGAAAACACAUCGCCUUUAAGUAACGGCGCAGCUUUAGCUAAUGAUCAAAGGAUGGGAAAUCCCACAGUCUCACAAGAAAGACCCAUUAAACCAGGUAUUGGAGGAUACACAAAGACAUUUGAAGAGCUACUGGAAGAGCAGCUGAUGCUGGAGGAUCAGAGGCAGAAGGCUGCGCAGCAACAGCAGAAUCAAAGUGAAGCUGGACAAGCUCCUUCCAAGAGACCCUUCCUGAAGCGGGGUGAGGGACUUUCAAGGUUUACCAAUAAAGGCAGAGCCUCGUUUCCAAAAAAGGACGUGAAAACCGACUCAAAGCCACAACCGCAGGCCAGAGUGAUGUCCCGAAGCAACUCAGAGCCGGCAGCUAUUCAGAGAGGGGUCUCCAACUGCGUCCAAAAACUCCCUGUCCAACGCAAAACAGCAGUGCUGAACAAGGAGAACAGACUAAAAGGUCUAAUUUCUCCUCCUUUGAACCUGAGAAACGAGGCCAAAGGGACUAGAACGGUUCUAGGUAGUUAUCAAAGGCUGAAUACAGAAGGAUCAGGAUCUCCUGUGGACAGUAGACAAACUAAACAAUUUCAACUGCAACGAGUGAAGGAUCAGACCAACAGGACAGGUGGUCCGUCUGCUCAGGUCGGAAGGAAACCUGGACCCAACGACACAAAGCCGAAUCCUGUAACCAAACAGGUGGUUGUGUUAGGAGAACAGGGGAGCUCUAAAAACAGUGGCUUAGAUGUUAAAACUGCAGAGCAAAGAGGAAGAGGAGGAGGAGGAGAUGAAGGGUCGGUCGACUCCUUUGAGUUGUCUUUCCAGGAGAAAUUGCGGCAGUGGGAAUGUCACCGGCAGCUGGAAAACGUGGAGCUGGGAGAGUUCGAGCUUCUGGAACAGGCAGCGGACGAACUGUCCUUCUCAUCCAACUCUUCAUUUGUCAUGAAGAUACUCCAGCUCGACCAGCAGCACAAAAAGGUGCAGGCCGCUCAAGGCCUCCAUCAGCGACGGCUCUCCUCCACACCCAUCAAGUCGCCUCCUACAAAAACCCUCCAAAGGAGCAGCAGCGAUGGAUUAACUCCUAGAAGUUCCUCUAUAAACUCGGAAGCUUCGCAGAGAAGUGAGGGCACAGAGAGACAGGAAGACACUGGGAGCGAAGCUGUUUCCUCCUGCGUUGAAUCUGAAACAGAGGACCAGGAAGCUGCCGUCGCCUCGUUUCCCGCUCCAUCCGAACGACCAUACAAUAAGUGGACCUAUCAGAACAAAGACAGCGGCAGAGACUCAGACGUCUCACAAGACGGCGAUGAGGAACGCGACAGUGUGAUCAGCAACCCCGAGUCCACGCUGAUGGAGGAUGAAGAGGUGGAGCAGGGAGGUGUUGUAUUUGACGAUGACGACACGUGGAACGAUGUGGAUGAAACUCUACUUCAUCGUCCAGCUGACAGUGGAAGAGUCAGUCCAGUGUUACAUCCAAGUACCGUCAGUGUUUCUCCACCCAUACAGACUUUAGUGAGAAAGGUGGCAGCAAAUAAAAACGUGGCGUUUUCCAAUCAGGAGCCAAAUCCUCCUUCACCUCCACCUGCCUCCCAACUCAUGACCAAACUGUUCCCAUCGCUGAAUCUCAAGGCCCAGAAUGCACCUCUUCAUCCCUGUCCUGCUUCUUCUGUCGCUCCACAAUACGAAAAGCAGCAAAAUGAAACAAACCAGCAGAUUCAGUCGAAGCAGCUGAGGGAGCGGCUCGUGGAGCUAGAGAUUGAGAUCGACAGAUUCAAGAAAGAGAAUGCUGCACUCACCAAACUCAGGCAGGAGAACGAGAAGAACCAGGAAAACCUCAGAAAGGACUGUUUGGAAUUUGAGAAGACCAGAUCCCAGGAGCUUGCCAAGUUUGAGGAGUACAAGAAAGAGGAAACCAGGAAACUGCAAAAGGAACGAAAACUGUUUGAGAAACACGUGAUUGCAGCCAGAGCCAUUCCUGACAAGAAGGAACGUGAAGAGAUCCAGGCGCUGAAGCAGCAGCUGAGCUCCCUGCAGGAGGAGUUGAGGAGGAAGGAGAGUCGCUGGGCCUCCAUGCACAACCGACAACGUCAGCAGAUUGAUUCCCUGAGUCAAGAGAACAGUUCUCUGAAGGAAGAGAUCAAAGUGUUGGAGAAGCUUCGACUCAGCACCUUGAGGAAAACCUCUGUCAGUGCGGAGAAGGAAACAAAAGAUGGUCCAAGAAUGUUUUCCAACAUUCCUACUACUGUUACUAAAGGAGUCAAGUUUGCUAGUCCCCUGGACUCCAGAGGAAGCAGCAGCAAUAAGAGUCCUCCUCAGAGCAGCUCUGCUGCUGCAGUCAUCUGUAAACGCAGCACAGCAGAGAGCAGUCAGCCAGCUUCAGGGAUGAAGAGCAGCCUGAGGAGGCCUUCAGGACCAAGUAUCUUGUCUUCCUCCUCCUCAUCGAUGCCUGGUAGGAGGACAGAAGAGAGGUCAACGUCUGCUAAUAAAAGUCAAGAUCAGUUUCCUAAAGAAGAUUGUCUGCCAAGUGAAUCUGAAUGCAGCACAGCUGAAGAAGCAGAGUCAGUUCAGGAAGUAUUUACAUUUCCUGAUGGAAAGAUAGAGAAGGUUCUGACUGGUGGUGACCGUCUGAUUAUCUUUCCAAAUGGCACCAAGAAGGAGGUGUCGGCCGAUGGACUGAGUGUCAAAGUCACCUUCUUUAAUGGAGACACCAAACAGAUCAAGGCUGACCAGACAGUGAUCUACCACUACUCUGAGGCCCAGACCACACACAUCACCUAUCCAGACGGGCUGGAGGUCCUGCACUUCCCUAACAACCAGACUGAGAAACACUUUCCAGAUGGUCGUAAAGAGAUCACUUUUCCGGACCAGACUGUGAAGAACCUGUUUCCCGAUGGCAGAGAGGAGAGUGUGCUGAUGGACGGGACCAUCAUUCAGGUCAACCCGGAUGGUACCAAAGAGAUCCACUUCAACACGGGCCAGAAAGAAGUUCACACGCCUGACUACAAGAGGAGAGAGUAUCCAGACGGCACCGUGAAAACAGUCUACACUGAUGGCAGGCAGGAAACCCACUACCCGACUGGACGGGUCAGGAUCAAAGACAAAGACGGAAACGUCAUCAUGGACAACAGCGUGUAGGAAGUGUCCCACAGACAAUGAAAACACAACUCAGUUUUUUGAAGUUGCCAAAGGAAUAAGUAAACAGUGAGCUUCCUCACAACUUAAAACUAUUUUAACUGAAAGAAAUAUUACAUCCACACCGAUUAAUUUGAAAUUAUUCCUCACUGACUAAAGUCUGUUCCAGGCAAUAAUUUUUUAAAAAGUAUUAAAUUCUUUUUUUAAAGAUAACCAACCGUCACUAACAUAUUUCAUGUAAAAACUUGACAAUAAGAAUUUGGUCUGUACAGUAACAGGAUGAACUUUGUUGUAUGUUGUGUGUACGUACGUGAAGUGUUUGCAGUGUUUUUGAUUUUGUAAAAAUGUGAAAUAUCUAUUUAUUUUCUUAGACGCUACUAUAUAAAAUAAAUUCAAAUUCUGUGAUGUAACAUGUGGUUUGUGUACGGCAGAAACAGCAGAAACCUGGGAGGAGGGUUGAGAUUUUAAUCUGCAGAACAGCAGCAGAACAGAAGAGCAGAAUGAAAUGAGGAUGAUCAGGACUGAAAAACAUGACAAAGAAUAAAACCUGAAACACAGAAAAAACAAACUCUUUUGAAUAACUAACCCUGGGACAAAUAACUACCUUUAUCUCUCUUAUUCUUAACCUUACCGUUCAUCUUACCUAAGAAAUUAUUGUCCGUCCAUUAUUGUCCAUGGGUCCAGGAACAGGCCAUUUAAAAUUUUGAAGUAA